CGCCUCCUCCGCUUCCUCUCUGCGGCCAUGGUAACACCACCACGCAAAGGAGGACAGAGAAGUAAAUUAAUAGUCUCGCUGAGAUAAGUCAAGCCAUGGCGGAGUUAGCAGAGAUAUAUGACAACGCUAAAAAGGGUCGAGAGUACGCUCUUCUCGGGAACUAUGAUUCGUCCAUGGUCUACUAUCAAGGUGUGAUGCAGCAAAUCGAGAAAUACUGUCAGUCUCAGAGAGAUCCAUCACUCAAGGCCAAAUGGCAGCAGGUACGCUUGGAAUUAGAAGAGGAAUACAAGUAUGUGAGGAGUAUUGUCAACACCUUGGAAAGUUUUAAGGUGGACAAGCCAGUAGACUGCUCUAACUUCCUACCAGAGGAAGCCCCUCAGGAUCCUGCAGUAUGGCCGCCCCCUACCCCGGCAGAACACAGAGCACCAAGUCAGGUGAAGCGUCCCAAUAGUGGAGCAAAGCCUCAGAAAAAAGACUCCCCAGCAAUGCAGCACAAGGGUCCAGUGGUCAGGGGGCAAGUGAACCCCAAAACAGACAAAUCACCCCGCAAUGGACGAGGCACAAAGGCCAAAGAUGAAAAGGGGAAAAAGAGUGGCCAAGAAGGUGGUGAAGGAGAGUUGAAGAAGUUUGAUGGUACAGGCUAUGACAGUGACUUGGUGGAUGCCCUUGAAAGGGACAUUAUUUCAAGGAAUCCUAAUAUCAGCUGGGAUGACAUAGCCGAUCUGGAGGAUGCCAAGAAGCUGCUGAGAGAGGCAGUGGUGUUGCCCAUGUGGAUGCCAGAUUUCUUCAAGGGCAUUCGGCGGCCUUGGAAGGGAGUGUUGAUGGUCGGCCCUCCUGGCACAGGGAAGACUAUGCUUGCCAAAGCUGUUGCCACAGAGUGUGGCACCACGUUCUUCAACAUCUCCCCCUCCACCCUCACCUCCAAGUAUCGAGGCGAGUCAGAGAAACUGGUGCGGCUGCUGUUUGACAUGGCAAGGUUCUACGCCCCCAGUACAAUCUUCAUUGACGAGAUCGACUCGAUUUGCGGGAGACGGGGAACAUCGGAUGAACAUGAGGCGAGUCGCCGAGUGAAGUCGGAACUCCUGGUGCAGAUGGACGGGGUUGGUGGGGCAGUGGAGAAUGACGAUCCCUCUAAGAUGGUGAUGGUGCUGGCUGCCACCAAUUUCCCCUGGGACAUCGAUGAGGCACUGAGACGCCGCCUGGAGAAGAGAAUCUACAUUUCUCUGCCCACAGCGAAGGGCCGUGCCGAACUGCUGCGCAUCAGCCUGAGGGAGGUGGAGGUGGCGCCCGAUGUCGAUCUGGCCCUCAUCGCUGAGAAGAUCGAAGGCUACUCCGGAGCAGACAUCACCAACGUCUGCAGGGAUGCGGCCAUGAUGGCCAUGCGGCGUCGGAUCCAGGGUUUGAGCCCCGAGGAGAUUCGCGCGCUCCCCAAGGAUGAACUCCAGAUGCCCGUCACCAUGGAGGACUUUGAGCUCACGCUCAAGAAGAUCUCCAAGUCUGUCUCCUCCGCCGACUUGGAGAAGUACGAGUCCUGGAUGUCAGAGUUCGGAUCUGUGUAGUGGAGGAGGAGGAGGAAGAAGAAAGGAAAGAUGAGUGGGUAUGAAGAACAGAGGGUGGGACACCACUGGAUGACCUAAUCAUUCCUUAGCCCUGUCGUCUAGCGUUACCAGGGCGAAUACUUGAAACUGUUUAGUGUUCAGAAAUGCUGUAGAAUGGUGUUUUAGAAGGACACUUGAGAAACGGAUCCUGUGUUUUAGGUCUUGUUUUUUUUAUGUUGAAAGUGGUGCAAACUCAUAUUGGUGUGCACCUUUUUACUUAUAAAAUGCACUAGUGCUGGUAUUGCACUGACUUGAAAUAGUCUGAUAGGCUGUGAGAAUGUGUGAUGUUGAAGAGAAUGUGUGUGUGCCCUGUCUGUCAUGGUUAUCAAUUUGCAGCGUGUCAUUUUCACUUAAAGUAUCUGCUUUGGUAAGUGUGUGUGUGUGUGUUGUACAGGGGAAAAGUGCUGGUAUGGAAAUGUUAAGGUACAGUACAAUUUUACAAAAACUGUCAUUAAAAUGUUCAUCUUGAUAA